CCGCGGUGCAUGGUGGGGCAGGCUCCUCAGACGCCGGGGCACAAGGGCUACCCUGAGGCGACGCGGCCGGGGUGCGGCGCCGAGGCUGGCAGUAUGAGCCACAUUCGUGCCUUUUCCGAGCACCUGGCGAGCCCCGACUACUACGAGAGGCUGGACCACCUCCGGGACGGGCUGCGGGACAGUGAAAAGAAGAGAUUGGACCUAGAAAAGAAAUUUUAUGAGUAUAAUCAGUCUGAUACAUUCAGAGUUAAGCUAAAAUAUGUGAAACUAAAGAAAUACCUAAAGGAAAUAUGUGAAUCUGAAAAGAAAGCUCGUAUUCGAAACCAAGAAUAUUUAAAGCGAUUUGAGCGUGUCCAAGCUCAUGUUGGAAACUUUACCACAAAUACAGAGAAGCUUCAAAAACUAAAGAUGGAAUAUGAGACUCAUAUUAAGAAGAUGCAGUUACUCUCACAAGAUAGCCUAGGAAAAAAAAAGGAACUAAAGGAUGAAGACCAAGAAAAGGUUGUAGUGCAGGCAGGAAUUAUCUCAGGAACAACCAUGUCAAGAGGAUUGUAUCAACCAGCAACAAUCUUUAUGGGCCGCCAAAUGUCAGCUGUCUCAGGCAUUGGAGAUUCUAGUACAGAGCAGAAAUCUUCCCAACCCACAAAGAACUUUUCAAUUCCUGAUCCACAUUCACACCAACAGACAGCCCCGAGCAGUAAUAUGACAGACAGCUCUGUAGUACAAACUGGUAGUGACACACAGUGCUUAAAUAAGUCUGACAAAAUAAAUGGAAAGACAUCUCUUCAGAUUGGUGAGAAAACGCCAGUCAUAGCCAGUGUAUUGUCUGAGAAGGAACAAACUCAUUGCUUGGAGAUAGGCAGCAACACAUAUCACGGCAAGAGUAAUUUAUCUGAAGGCAAAAAGUCUACUGAAUUCCAUUCCCCGUUAUGGGAAAGAUUAAGUCCCAAGAACAGAACCACUGAUUUAAAGUGUGACAGUUCCCACAGAUCAGAGGGAUCAGAGGCAGAAAUACUGACACGGGAACAUAUUGAAGUUGAAGAAGAAAGAGCCAACCCGCCAUUCUCUGCGAUAUCAGUUUCAGAAUACUGUGCAUCUGAAAAUAAGUGGGCUCAAGAGAGGUAUUCUGCCGGGGGAGAUGUCUCAGAUCAUCUUAAUCAUGAGGACCCAAAGUCACAAAAACCCUUCAGAAAAAUGCAGAAAGAGGAGGAGGAGGAAAGUUCAUGUAGCAGCAAUGACCUCACAGUUUCUAUAAGUGAAGAUGAUUUGAUUUUAAACAGUCCAGAACCACAGCCAAAUCCAGAUGACAAAAUGGAAGGAGAAGAUGGAAUAGAGGCCUUAAAAUUAAUCCAUGCUGAGCAAGAAAGAGGUGCCUUAUCCAUUGAAAAAAAUAAUUGUAUUUUGCAAAUGCUAAGCUCUGCUGAUUCAAAAAAGGAGUCCUCCACUAACUCACCAACAAGAGAGUCUGAACGAGUGCCAGACUCAGGCUUAUUGAAGGAACAGCUGGGUCAGCAUGUUGCCACCUUGAAAGAACAGGAUAAUUCUCUCAAGGAAGAGGCUCUAUUGAAAAAAGCCCUUACAGAAGAAUGUGAAGAUAGGUCGACUGUUCUCAGUAAUGAAUCAUCUUGCAGCUUGCUGUCCAUUCUGAAUGACAACAGUGAGGUAAAGGAAGCCAAACCUGCCGUGAGGCUGAACAGUGUUCCUACAAGGGAACAAGACGUUUCAAAUGGCUGUGGAGACAAAAGCAAGGAAGAAAACAUUUCAGCAAAGAUCCCCAUCACAGAAACAAAAGCCUACCAGUUACUGAAGAAUUCUACCCUUCAGGAUAAUACAAAUCAAACUGAAGACAGAUUUCAAAAGGCCAGUGCUUCCGGAUCCCAGUUGUCAGUUCCUCUGGGUCAUGACCCACAGGUUGAGAACCUCUGCCCUAGAGCAUUACAGUUGGUUAACAGGCAUAUAGAGCUCAGAGGGCAACUCCACAAGUCUAUUUAUGGUGAUGGACAGUUAAGCAGCAGACCUGUAGCAGAAAUAUCCAAGACCAAGAACUCCCAGGAGGCAGAGAUCAGGGAUUCCCCUGCAGGUUUGAAUAUUGGCAGCAGUGCAAUCAAGACAAAGACAACUGACAGAAUCGCUUCCGAAGCUAGUUUUUCAUAUAGGGAAGGAAGUCUUUUGUCAAGGCAUGAAAACAAAAAGAAACUAGUGACCAAUUUAAAGUCUAAAGCAUUCUGGGGUGAGUCUGAUGACAGUAACUCGGAAAUUGAAGCUGCUUUACGUCCUAGAAACCAAAACACACCCAUCGAUGAUUUUGAUGAUUUUUAUGAUUCAUAAGAUGUCCCAUCUAUUGGAAAUAAAAUCUUUAAACAAA